CCACUCAUCUCUUGGUUUAUUUUAUUCUGAUACACUUUGUUAUCCUGGGUUAACGUUUUCUCAGCAAAUGUUUAGAAACUUUAACAGCGUUGUGAGGUUUUCCUUAGGUUGAGAGGUUGCUGUUGCCAACCAAUUAUCCAGCAGUUAGUAUAUGUCAGAUAUAAUCCAUGUGUUGGGGAAGGAAUGCAUAGAGGUAAAUAAGAACUGUGCGUACCUGAUGGAAAUUGACAUGUGAACAGGUAGUUAAUACCUUAGUGCUAUAAAGGGGCCAAGUUCAGUGCUGUGAAGUAUCAUUGCGUGAGCUAGCCUCCGUGAAAGGCUUUUCAGCGCUGCACUUUUGAUUGGCCUUGAAGAAUGAUGGUAAUUCUUCAGAUGGAAGAGCAUUGCUUGCAGAGAAGCAUGUGCUGAGGAAGCAAAUUAUACUGUUUGAGGUGGAAAGAUGGGAUAGGGAAGUGGGCAGUAGUAGUGAUAGUUUAGUGGGGGAAACCCAGUUGGUAAACCACUUGUGUGAGUUGCUAAGGAAUAUUUUGGAAACCGUUAUUAUUUUGUGUGGAGGUUCAAGUAGAAGGGAUCUAGAACUCUUAUUUUUUCUUAAGAUUGAAAAAACGAGUUUCUGACUUGUUUUAAUGGGUUCUGCUGAGUUCCUUGGGGAAGUGGCUGAGUUCUUUGGGGAAGAAGAGGAGAUUUUUGUCCUAGGACUCUGAAUUAUUUUCUCUCAUGUGAAUCUUCUGGUGCAUCCUCUGGCACAUAGAGGAGGUCUUCAGUAUCUGGUGCUCAUUUCUAAAUUCACAUUUAAGGUUAUACAACUGGGCUUUCAUCUAUUAUCCAGGUUGGAGUACAGUGGCGCAAUCAUAGCUCACUGUAACUUGGAACUCCUGAGCUCAAGCCAUCCUCUCAUCUUGGUCUCCGAAAACAUUGGGAUUACAGGCAUGAGCCACUGCAUCCUGGCCUGGGAUAGAUGUUUUAACCUUAGGAUUUAAAAAUAGGAGUGUACCUCACAGCCUUCUAGGAUCUCCAGAGUGGACAGGAAUCUCACUUGGAGGGACCAUGGAGCAGUAUACAGCAAACAGCAAUAGUUCGACAGAGCAGAUUGUUGUCCAGGCAGGACAGAUUCAGCAGCAGCAGCAGGGUGGUGUCACUGCUGUGCAGUUGCAGACUGAGGCCCAGGUGGCAUCCGCCUCAGGCCAGCAAGUCCAGACCCUCCAGGUAGUCCAAGGGCAGCCAUUAAUGGUGCAGGUCAGUGGAGGCCAGCUAAUCACAUCAACUGGCCAACCCAUCAUGGUCCAGGCUGUCCCUGGUGGACAAGGUCAAACCAUCAUGCAAGUACCUGUUUCUGGAACACAGGGUUUGCAACAGAUACAGUUGGUCCCACCUGGACAGAUCCAGAUCCAAGGUGGACAGGCUGUGCAGGUGCAGGGCCAGCAGGGCCAGACCCAGCAGAUCAUCAUCCAGCAGCCCCAGACGGCCGUGACUGCUGGCCAGACUCAGACACAGCAGCAGAUUGCUGUCCAGGGACAGCAAGUGGCACAGACUGCUGAAGGGCAGACCAUCGUCUAUCAGCCAGUUAAUGCAGAUGGCACCAUUCUCCAGCAAGUUACAGUCCCUGUUUCAGGCAUGAUUACUAUCCCAGCAGCCAGUCUGGCAGGAGCACAGAUUGUUCAGACAGGAGCCAAUACCAACACAACCAGCAGUGGGCAAGGGACUGUCACUGUGACACUACCAGUGGCGGGCAAUGUGGUCAAUUCAGGAGGAAUGGUCAUGAUGGUUCCUGGGGCUGGCUCUGUGCCUGCUAUCCAAAGAAUCCCUCUACCUGGAGCAGAGAUGCUUGAAGAAGAACCUCUCUAUGUGAAUGCCAAACAAUACCACCGUAUUCUUAAGAGGAGGCAAGCCCGGGCUAAACUAGAGGCAGAAGGGAAAAUUCCGAAGGAGAGGAGGAAAUACCUGCAUGAGUCUCGGCACCGUCAUGCCAUGGCACGGAAGCGUGGUGAAGGUGGACGAUUUUUCUCUCCAAAGGAAAAGGAUAGUCCCCAUAUGCAGGAUCCAAACCAAGCUGAUGAAGAAGCAAUGACACAGAUCAUCCGAGUGUCCUAACCCCAGGCCAUGUGAUGGAGCUGAUCAAGGUCCUGUUCCUCACCAGUUUCUCACUGUUCCAGGAAAUCGAUCAACUCAUCCAGUGGGACAUUGACGAUCACAUUCUGCCCUUUUCUACAGGACAGAAACCACUUAGUUUUUAAUAAGUGGCUCAGUAUUACAAUUGCAGCGAUGCCUGGCAAAUUGAAGUUGCAAGCCUUUGUCUUACUCUUUCAAUCAGGACCUAUUUCACAGUGUUGAUGCCACUAACAUUUCAAGGAUUCAGAUGAUGCAAGGAGACACACGCCAGCCCAGCAGUAAAUAAAGCACUUAUGUUGACUGGUGAAGUCGGCCAACUCAGCAGGGAAGAACAACCUUCUCAACCAAAACUGCAGUCAGGAAAGUGGCAGCCCACUCCUUCCCAUGGAAUUUAGACAGCAUUUAUCCCUCUGGUAGGGGAUCUCACACUGAGUAACUGAAUGGACGCUUUGUAUUCAGAGAUGGCUCCCAGGCAAGGAAGUUCUGUCUUGUGAUACGGAAAUAAUAAAUUCCUGAGGUACAUUCUUCUAAUCUGUGGUAAUAAUAAGAAUUUCUGUCUGCCCAGAUGGUAGGUUGAUAUUUCUGAACUCAAGCCAAGAAAAAGCUAACUCUGGGAUAGAAUGAUAAAAGACUGAAGCACUAAAAAUAUACAUUGCUGAAUCUCUUUUUCUAGCUUUGAAAAGUUGUGGUCUGCUUGUCCCUCUGUUGACUGGUCAUCUGGACCAUAGUACUUGCCAUGGCUACUUCUAAGACAACGUAGAGGGUAUUGGACCUUGAAACUGCCUUUCCUAAGUAGAGAAAAAGACUAUUCAACAACUUCUUUACUGAAGCACUGAGGACAUUUGUAGUAACUCCUAAAGGGAGAGCCAAACUAUAGAUUUUCAAUCAUAGACUUUGUGACAGCAUUUGGGGAACUGAAAGGUUCAUGUGUUUCAGCCUAGGAGGAGAGACGGGGAGACAGAGAGAGUAGCAUGUAUACCCAUACGUUAUAGAGCAUAAUUCUCCAGUAGUGGAUACGGGGAAUGGAUCAUUAAGAUGAAGAGAGUAAUUCUCAUUUGCUCUAGAACCUUUAACAAGCACUGAAAGGAAGAAAUCUGAGAUUUGGUCCUUGACAGUUUCUGGAAAGCACUGAUCAGUCAUGCUGUCCCAGACAGAGUCCAGGUUACCCACUAGAGCCCAAAGUGGAUGUUGGCUUCACUCUCGCAGCACAAUGCUGGCCCUAGAAAGCAAGCAUUCUCAUUCUUCCCAUGGCAGCUGAUUCUUUGGUGCCAGUUUUCAUGUUUUCUCCAUAGGCCUUUUGCAGAAGUUUUCUCAUUGCAUCCAUAACUGUGAGAAUAAACUGCAGACUAGAAAUAGACAUGCCUGCAGGGUCAGGAACUGGUCUAUUAUUAACCAGAAUAGGUUGUGCCUCAAAUCUGUUUCUUUUCUACAUGAUGAGCCCUGAGAGAAUUAAGAUAUUUCAGAAAAGUUGGCUGUCUUCUCUGGAAACAAGGAAAACCCAAUAAUUCUGAGGAACAUGUGGGGUUAAAUACCAAGAAUAAAGAUUAGGCCUUUCUUCUUUGACUUCAGCUUAACUGUAUUAAGACAGAAAAUAAAUUAAACCCUGUAAAAACACCACAAGAAGAGAUCAUUGUAAUGAUAGAAAUAGAGGUACAGAGCUAUGCAAAGGAAACCGGAAGUGAAAUCUUCCCAGUCCCAGGGAUCUGGUAAUCUAUCCAGGCUUCCAGAUGUCAAAGUGCUGAUCCUUUGGUAAGCUCACUAGAAACUUCUGGCUCUCUAUAAAGAGUUUCAGAUAUUAAUGUUAUUCAGUAAGUCCCAGUAUUUCAGAGGAUAGAUUACUAACAAUGAGGAAUUUAUAUUCCUUGGUUAAUUUAGGAGUCUAAGAUGCAGAGUUAAGAAAUUACUCAGAUCUAACUGAGUGCUUAAGCCGCCAACAGUUAUGCUAUUUAUUUGUGUCUGUAAGUUUGUACAUAGUAAUGCCAGCCUUGUUGCUGAAUUUUUUAUUUGGGGGUGGGGGGCUUAGUUUGAAUUUUGUUUUAUUUGAAAUGCUUCAGUUGUCAUUUUGUCAUUGCAUUUCAAAUAGCUCAUGAUCCUUUUCUUGUGGUCACUUUAGCACACUAUAGUAGCCCACAAAGUGGGGGCAGGGUAUUGACGUUCAGAUUUUUUCUUUGUUACUAGUUCUUUUAUUCAUUUUUAUUUGUAACUCUAGUGAUGACUUCACAGAUGCAGAGUGAAUGGAUAAAUGAAUAAUUGGUUUAAUGCCUAGUUAUGCCACUUGAGUGCUUUUUUUUUUGCAGGAUAAUAUUAAGUGUAUAUAUUUUAACUGCACUGAUACAUUGAACAUGUCAGUGUCUAUACCACUGGACCAACAGAGCAUUUUGUGGCUAUAGGGUGCCUGGUAAUAAUGUCUUGAUUCUUCUUUGGGACUCAACUAUAUCGAAGGUUUUUUCCCCUAGCAGUACGGGGGGUACAGGGGAUCGAUCAUUGAUGUCAUUGCAAUUGUUAUUUUUAAAAUAAAUGUAUAAAAA